AUACAUUGAGCUGUAUGCUGCUCUGCUGCAAAGUGCGAGUGCGCAGCUGCAGCGCGCGCGACAGCUCGAACCGCGCUGACAGCACAGCUCUGACCAAAAUGCCCAUGGAUAAUUUCAUAUUCGCGCAAUGCAUCCUUUAUUUUUUAGCCUUCGUCUUUAGCUUCAUAGUUAUAGUACCUCUGUCGGAGAACACGGAGGAUUUUCGCGGGAAAUGUCUGCUUUUCACGCGGGGGAUGUGGCAGAACGAGAACAUCACGGUGUCUAAGCAGCGCUUCAUCAUUGAGGAAUGGGGACCACAGUCUUCCUGCAGCUUCAUCACCGCCGUCGGCAUCGCGUCGCUCGUCCUGUCCGCCGUGCAAGCCUGGAGGCUGCUGUGCUUCAUCUGCAAAGGCCACGAUGACUCGAUCUUCAGUGCCUUCCUGAACCUGCUCAUCAGCACGUUCGUAGUGUUUGCUGUGUUCCUGUCCAGUACAAUAGUCAGUGUGGGAUUCAAUCUAUGGUGUGAUGCCAUCACAGAAGGAGGCAGUAUGCCCAGCAGCUGUGAGGAUCUACAGGACACUGAUCUUGAACUAGGGUUGGACAACUCUGCUUUUUAUGACCAGUUUGCCAUUGCACAGUUUGGGUUGUGGGCGGCCUGGCUGGCUUGGCUUGGCAUCACCGUCGUGGCCUUUCUGAAGGUCUAUCAUAACUACCGUCAAGAGGAUCUGGUCGACAGCUUGAUCCACGAGAGAGAGUUCUUACUCGGACGCUUGUCACGCCGGCGCUCUGAUGUGGUAGAUGAGAAAUGUGCCAUGAUAUGACCAGCUUUGAAAUGUACUGUCAAGUAAAAUGUUUUCAUAAGCUUCUAAAUUUGGCUCAUUAGGUGUUUCGCAUUUUUUGAUUGACCUUAGUUGAGCUUAACUGAGCCAAAUGCUUCUGAAUUAUAUUUUAUUUGACAAUUGAUAAUGACAUUAAUGUGCACUCAGUGGUUCGGACAGAGGUCACACAUCAUUCAUCACAACAUUCUUUGAUGUUGAGCUUGAAACACAAGACCCUGGACAAAAUAAACAUUGAACAUCAAAAGCUUAAAGGGAUAGUUCAAGAAAAGUUCACUUCUUUUAUGAAUUACUUCAUGAUAUCCCAAACUUGUAAGACUUUCAAUCCUCUUCAAACCACAAAAUGAAGAUAUUUUCAAUGAAACCAGAGAGAUUUCCACGGAAACCUGUUUCCACCACAGAAAAAAAAAAAAAAAAAUAUAUCUCACAAUUCAGACUUUUUUCUUACAGUUGCAAGUUUAUUUCUCACAAUUCAGACUUCUCAGAAUUGCGAGUUUAUAUCUAGCAAAUUCUAUGACUUUUUUUCUUAGAAUUUAAAAACUCAUAACUCAGAAAUGCGACUUUAUAUCUCGCAAUCCAGAGUUUAUAGGCUUUCUUGCAUCUCUGACUUUAUUUCUCACAAUACUGAGUUUAUAUAUUGCAAUUCAAACUUUUUUUCUUAAAACUGCGAUAUAAACGCGCAAUUGUGAGUUUCUGUACAAAAUUGCGAGAUACAAAGUCACAAUUCUUUUAAAAUAAUAUUUAUUUAUUUUAAACAAGCUUCCUUAGAUGUAUGCCCCUUCAAUGAAAGUCAGUUCGACAAAAGCUUUAAAAAGUUCAUACCAUUGUAAAUAAUCCUUAAGAAUGGAGCAAUUUAAUCCAUGACUUCUGGAGAGACAUGGUAACAUUAUAUGUGAAGAAAAGACUAAAAUACAUCUGCUCAUACAGACAUUGAUCAAUGCAGAGAGCACUUUAAAUAUGAUAACCAUGCUUGAGUCCCAUGCAAGAACAAAGCUCAUUGGUUCUCGCGCAUUAAACAAGCAUUCACUUUCAUUGGAGGGAUAGAAAUUUGGAAUGGCAUGAGGGUGAGUAAUUGAUGAAAUAAUAUUCAACUAUGUCUUUAAGGAAGUGUGCUUAAAUAAUGUUUCUUAUAAAUCCUGUGUGACAUACAAUCAACGUCUUAUUGCCAGUUAUGUUUUUACUCAACCAAAUGAUUCUUUCCUUCUAAAACCUAUUUAAAGCAGUGCUAGAAAUGAGCAGCAGUUUCUAGUCAGUCUCUAUGCUCUACAUUAGCUGAGGAGUUGGACUAUACAUGUACAUACACUGUAGCUCAGGCAAUUCUAGUUUUACACACUAUUUGAAGUGUGUUUGAUCCAUGUCUGGUUUUCUUUACUAAAUGAUCAUUCCCUUCCAGUACUGCCUCUAUCCAGUAUGUAAGCCAUAUAUACUUAUGUUUAUGACUGUGGUAGUAUCCUCCAAAUGUAAAGGGAUUGCUAUUGAAAACAUGCUUGCAUGUACACAUAUAUUAAUUCAGACAGAUGAAGAGGAAGUCUAGGCUCUUUAAAGCUAUUGAAGUGACAAAUCUUCAAGUCUUCAGGAAAUGACAUCAUAAUUUGAUGAGAUAUGUGCUAUUUGGAGGGAUAGUUUAAUGAUUUGCUAUAUCUACAAAGUUUGUGUAAUUACACUCUAUGUUUUGAAAUAUUGUCGCGCAUGUUGCAAUACAAUUUAAUGUAUGCCUGUUUUGGUUUGAGCAUCUUUUGAUAACAAGUUCUCCUGACUCUAUUUCAGUUUUGCUAGUUUAUGAGCAUGAGUCGUGAUUCCCCAUAACUCUGUAACACACUCAGGCCCAUGUUUCCGAGUAUAAAACAUUAUGCAUAGAUUGUUUUGUGCAUUAUAUUAUUUAUUGUGUGAUAGUGUGAAAGCAUCUCUGUAUCCUUUAACAGUCCAUAUUUGUUUCAGGGCUUUUAUUUAAUAAAAGCAGUAAUAGCAGUAUGAUGAUGAAAAUACAAAGCAAUUGUUGAUUUUUUCUGAUCAUGAAAUAAAUAAAAUUCAGUCUUUAAGCUUGUGACAA